ACCCAGUAUUCCUUCAUCAAUUACAUCUCUCACUUUUAAUGUCAAAGAACUAGAGAAGAAAGGUGUUCUAGAUAUGCCAAAACCCUCAAAGAGGAAAGCUUUUGAGCCUAUCAAAAUCCCAACUCCUGAAAAAGAUAAAAUCUCAUCAUCACCCCCCAAAAAGGGGUCCCCUGUUCGAUCGCCAUUAAAGUCCCCGAUUAAAUCUCCAAGUAAAACAGAAAAUCCAUUUUUUAAGAAACAAAAACUUAUUCGAAGGAAAAAGAAAAAGGCAUACAAAUUGCCAGGUGAAAAAGUAUGGAAACGCACUAAAAGUAAAAAGUCAGAAGAAAGACAACUCGCCAAAGACAGUGAAAUUGAAACACAUAGUUCUGAGCAGAAAGUUAGUCAAAGGGGUGCAAGUAUGCCAGUGAGUUCAACCCCAAACAAAGUGCCGAAUAAAACUAGUGAUCAUUCAGUGGAAAGUACAAAAUCGCCUCCUCAGAGGAAUGCUCUAGACAUGUUAACAAUGAAUUCUAGGAAGUCAUUUAGUUCGGCCAGUUCAGGAGGCAGCAUGAAAAAGGCGAGGAAAACUGUACGUCAUGGUAUAGAUCCAGCUACGCAUAGAACUCUGGAUUCAUUCUUGAAGUCCAAGAUUCAAGAUGUGGCCGACAGGACUGUUGGUGCAGAAAGAACAUCAGAUGGAUCAAAUGGUGAGCCCAGAAAGAGAAAAGCUGUUGACCAAGUUAAAUCAAAAACGAAUACUGAAACUGAUUAUAGUCUGGCCAGUCCGGAAGAAAAAAAACGUAGAAUGGAAUUAUCCCCAACUCAGCAGCAUGUGAUUGCAUUGAUGCCAACAGGUAGUCCACCACUGAGCAUGCCCACGGCAGGACAUCCCAUAAUUCCUGCAUCAGGAACAGGAAGUCAGUUAUUCCUGUCACCAGGUGCAGCUAGUGGUUCACAGACAAUAAUACCAAAUGGUACCCUAUUUCAGAUAUUCAAUAAUCAAAGCAUUGCCUCUUCACAAACUGCUCAAUUUGUAGCUAUUGCUCAAUCACAAGGGGGACAUCCAAUGGUUACAGCCGCAUCGCCGCCAAAAUCCACAAAUCUCCUUCAACCCAAAGGUGUACCCUUGCUAUUUACACCUAUGCCAUAUUCAACAGUUGUGGCAAAUGGGACUGGUUGCCAGCCGGUAUUUUCACAUCCUGGUGUUUUUAAUUCUGUGACAUCUUCAGUGAUGGGAAAACCAGUUCCAACAGGUUAUCAAUCAGCCGUCCAACAGCAGCAUUCUGUACUUAAAAACACUCUUAUCCAACCUAGAAUGCAGUUACCAAAUGGACAAUAUAUAGAUCUUAAACUGCCGAAAGAUGUACCCAAUGGAAUGUACCCUGUUACUCCUCCGAGGACACCGGAAGAGCAAAGGUCAGAAACAGGGUCACAAGACACUGGUGAGGAAAUGGAGGCUGUACUUGGCUCUGUCACGCCAGAGAAAGACGUUAUUCCGCUGUGUACGUGUAAAAUAAGUGGGGCCAGUUUUCAAAAGAUGACCACUAUAGUAACGUUCUGUCAAGCGCUAGACUCUGUAGACGGUAAGGUGCUUGGUUGUUGUAAUAAAGUCACAAACCCGCAGUUGGUACGUCCUGCGGUGAAGAUACCAUUCCUCGCAUUAUGUGAUAGUCAUCGGAAGAGGUUGAGGGCACAUCAGUGCUGUCCGGGUUGCGGCCACUUUUGUACUCAGGGCAAGUUUUUACAAUGUAAGAAGGAAGGGAGCAGUUUUGUACAUAAUUUCCAUGAACAAUGUCAGGUGACCAAGGAUGGUAAGAAUUACUGUCCUCACUGUGGGGAAACAUCCAACCAGUAUGAGGUAUAUCUCAGUAUGCAGGAAAGCAAACAGUCAGUUGCCAAGGAAAUGAAACCAUCAAACAGAGCACAAGUAAAGGCUCGUAUAGGUGUGGUAGAUCAUAAAAGUACAAGUGGAGGGGAGGAACCAACAGAGGAUCCAGUAGUCACACAUACCUUAGAGAAAACAAAGAAAGUUAUAUCCACAGCUGAUGUUCCACUUGGACCUGAUAGGUAUUCCCUAGAAAGAGUGUUAUCUAGUCUUGAACAUGAAAGGCCGAAGAAGUACCGGCAUUUACCCAAAUGUUUAUAUACACCGGCCUACGACAAUGACUUGGAAAGGGUUGUUUAUAUGCUAGAGGAUGGCUUUGAUCCAAAUGAAUUAUUUGAAGAUCUUGAGGGUCAGAGUGCUCUACAUGCAGCCGCAGCUGUGGGCAGUCUUAGUAUAGUACAUGUUCUUAUACAGGCUGGGGCAUCACCUCAUCACCAAGACAGGUCAUUGAAGACACCACUAAUGUUUGCAGCCGAGAACAACCAUGCCGAUGUAGUACACUAUCUCAUCAAGGCAAAUGCUAUCAUAGAUGCUAAGGCUGACGAUGGAAUGACAGCACUACAUUUUGCAGCGAAGGCGGGUCAUGUGAAUAUAAUUAAUAUGUUACUCAACACGGACCGCCUCAACAUUGAUACAACAGAUGAUGGCGGAUGGACGCCUCUGAUCUGGGCAGCAGAACAUAUGGAGGUGGAAGCCGUUAAACUAUUACUGAAGAGGAAGGCAGAUCCUAACUUGAGAGAUAGCGAAGAGAACACAACGAUGCAUUGGGCAGCAUUUUCUGGCAGUGUGACAAUAGCGGAACUUCUACUAUCAGCAGGCUGUGAUCUGGAUAGUUUAAACAUGCAUGGUGAUAGACCACUGCAUAUAGCAGCCAGACAAGACCAUUAUGAAUGUGUAGUAUUAUUCCUAGCAAGAGGCGCUGAUGUGGAAGCUAAAAAUAACAAAGGAGAAACUCCAUUAGAGUGUUGUAUAGAGCAGACAACAGCCGUCUAUCUGGCUUUGAAAGUAAACAAACAGCUGAAAAGUUUUGGUGCCAAACAUAUGGGGAAACCUGAUAAACUGAUUCAUAGAGACUUGUCAAAGGGUCGUGAAAACAUUCCAAUACCCUGUGUGAAUGGCGUAGAUGAUGAGGGCGAGCCGAAAGAUUAUCUCUACGUUGUUGACAAUAUAGAGACCACGUGCCUUAACAUAAAUCGUGUAAUCGGCAGUCUACAGACAUGCCAGUGUAAGGAUGAUUGUUCAUCUAUAUACUGCGCUUGUGGCAAGAAUAGUGUAGAUUGUUGGUAUGAUAAGUAUAACAGACUUAUACCGGAGUUCAACAUGCUUGAACCACCAUUGAUAUUUGAGUGCAAUAGAGCGUGUGAGUGUUGGACCACAUGUAACAAUAGGGUUGUUCAAAAUGGGGUCAUGUCCCGUCUACAAGUGUUUAAGACAGUAGGGAGAGGAUGGGGAUGUAAGACACUGGUUGAUAUAGCCAGAGGAACAUUUAUAUGCGAGUAUAUAGGGGAGCAUAUAUCAGAUUCCGAGGCAGAUAGACGUGAAGAUGACUCCUACCUGUUUGACCUGGAUAAUAAGGAUGGGGAAACAUACUGUAUAGAUGCUAGGAGAUUUGGUAAUGUGGCUAGAUUUAUAAAUCAUCUAUGUGAACCCAACUUGACCCCUGUUAAAGUGUUUGUGGACUCGCAGGAUCUCCGUUUCCCAAGGAUUUGUCUGUUUGCAAACAGGGAUAUAAAAGCACAGGAAGAACUAGGGUUUGACUAUGGAGAGAAGUUCUGGAUAAUUAAGUGGAAGCAAUUUACAUGUACAUGUGGCUCGCUUAAAUGCCGAUAUUCCAGUGACACUAUACAGAAAACAUUAGAAGAGUAUAGGCAACGGCAUGAAAUUGAUGGUGAAGAAAUGCAAGACUAAGUUUAUAUAUGUGUAUGACACGUACUAUGGCAUUUUGUUAACCUUUAUACCAUGCUAAAUUUAUAUAAAAGUCUUGUCCAGUUGUAACGCGGACACAGUCCAUUGGUAUCUCUAGGGGUUUUAGUUAAGAAAAAACACGCAAAAAAGAAACGAAAAUGAAGUAAUAGACAAUAUAGAGUCUGGCCAGACUGCAUGAAUUUUAAGGCCGGCAUGUGGAUUUUAAGGCCGGCCCAUCUCAAUACUGGUGACCCGGAUGUGUCAUUUACAACAGUACCUACCAUUCAACAGGUUAAUGUAACUAUAAGAAGAUGUGUCUUCACCCCUUUGAUACGUGUUCUCUUGUAAAACUUCUGUAUAAUUUUGUCUUUUUCUUUUUUUGAAUAAGAAAAAAAAGUAUAAUUUUGUCUUUUUCUUUUUUUGCAUCAGCAAAAAAUGAAAAUAUAAAUUUUUGUUAUUAGUUUGAAACGAUAGAUUGUGAACAAUAUUUUUAGUUCUUUUUACACAUUAAAGUGUAUAAAGCUAUAUAGCUGCUGUCUGUAUUUACAAAAAAGAUUGCUCGAUUUUUUGAAAAAAAUAACUCGAAAAUACCAGUAAGAAAGUUUGUGUAAGUCCUAUAAAAGGCAUGAAAUCGUUGUUAAACAGUUGAAACCCUACUUGAAAUAGCAGUAACGAUUUGUUCUGGAAUAUUUUAUAGUGUUUAUAUACAAUAUUAAGUUGUGUGCUCAAUAAAUGGAGACACUGUUGCCAGUAUGGACUGUGAGAUUAUGGAAAUAACAUUAUUUUAACAUUUAUCAAGUUUAUUAAAAUAUUCCUGUAGAUAUAGCUUUAUACACUUUAAAGAUAUCAAUAUUUAACAUUUAGUAAAUUUACUGAAAUCCUUUUGACAGUGUUGUUAAAUGGUUAGUGGUCCAAAUAUUGUUUGCUAUAGAAUUGUUGAGUAUUUAUGUUAAGAGUGAGAUUUUAAUUUUUCUGUAGGUUUCUUUAAGCAAGUUAAUGUUUACAAAAUAAUGAAAUUUAAAGGGACACGCCUUCAGGGGAGAAAUUGAAAAAAAAAAAAUUCAAAAAUAGAAUGAUUUACGGUUUCAGAAUGUAUUCAAUUUGCAUUCAAGAUGAAAUUUUGAUUAUUAUGGAAAAAAGUACAGAAUUUUCUAAUUUUAUCAUCAAAAUUCUACCCUGUUUUAAGAGAGAAAGAGAGAUUUCUGGGUAAAUUGACAAAUUAUAGGUAAAUUAAAAGUGCUUAGGCUAGGUUAAGUAACUUUAUUAGUACACUUGACAUCAUUUUUACAUAUAUGAAAAGAUUUGUUUUUCGUAAAAAUCAGCACUAAUUUGGCGUUGUGUCGCUUUAAGAAAUUUAAAAGUUAUAUGUAUGGAAAAUCUAGUCCUGUUGUACUUAUAUUUGAUGUUAUUGUGUACCACAGUUGUUUUGGUUGCAAACUAUUCUACUAAUAAAUAGAAUAAAUCAAACUAAACAUGCAGUGAUUAACAUGUAACUGUUUAACUUACCCGUUUGUUGAAUUUGGAACCUUAUUAUUGUACAUUGAACAUAUUUCAGUGUACUCAAGCAGUCAGCUGUAAUGGGUCUGGUCAUUGCAUGAAUGUACUGUACACUGUUGACGUAGAAAAGUUGUUUCCGCCGCUAGUGCUCCCUAACAUGUAUAAUUUUAUAUAUGUCAUAUGAUUGGCUCUGUGGUUUAUUUAAAGAUGAAAAUAAUAAGUCGUAUAUUAAAUGCUUUACGAUAUCUAUCAAUCUUCUCUGUAUUAAACAAUCUUCCGCUACUAAAUUAUUGUAAUGGACUAGUCCUGUUUUGAAUUUAGAAUGGUCCUUAGUAAUAUAAGGGAUUUCAAGGUCAAGCUUGUAAAUAUAAAGAACCGAUAGUAAAUAGUUCAGUAGAAUGCAAACGGCAUGGUAAAGUACUUUUGAAUGCUAUCUUUUAUGUAAUGAAGAUCAAGAAAACCAAUUAAAGAAAUUAAAGAUUUGAAUAUUUAUUAACGGUUUUUGAAAUUGGCUCGAGUUUUUAAGCAGGGGUCGCAAUAUAAAUACUUUUGAAGAUGAUGUAAAAUUCAAUAUAAAUGGCGUAAAGCAUAUAGUUGUAAUCACCGUUUUGUAAUAUAAGCAAUGUGAAAGGUUUGUGUACAUGUUUUAUGAAAUUUAAGUUUAAAGAAAAUCGCUCUGUUGACUUUUAGGCUAUAGGCAAUGAAACAAAGUUGUUAUUAUCUGAAUAUGUAAAUAUUGUAUUAUUUUUCUCAUUCAAAAUGCAAGCACUAAUACUAUUAACUAGUAUUUUAUUAUAUCAGCACAGAUUUUUAUUUUAGAUUUAAAAAAAUAAUUAAAUAAAAUGGAUACUUUAUAAGGCGAGAUAUGGUAAUGCAGGGAAGGGAUGUACAUAAAUAUAUUAAAUUGGUAAAAAUAGUUUUGACAGUUUGUAUUUUCUACAUCAUUAUAAAUAUUGAACACUUAUCAAUAUUGUCUUUUGAAUUGGUUAUUGAAUUUAUUUUGUAUAGGAAAAAAAUAACAUAUUAGUAUUUGAUAUGGAACUUGUGUUUGAAACACAAUUCAACAUUUAGUUAGAUAUAGGUUUUUUGGGGGGCUUAAAGGCCUCAACAGACGGUAGGAUUUUGAAGUACAACACCAAUUAAAACUAAGAUGUACAGACAAAUAUUAAUGUGUGAAGGCUACUAUUUCUUGAUUUCGGAAACCUUAAGCCUAGAUGUAAGGGAUAGGACAUUUUCUAUUUUGAAAAUCUUGUCAUACAGAUUUUUACAGACCUCCCACGAUGACAAGUAACAGAUAACCAAAUUAUCUCCUGAUAAUGGGUGUAAUGAAUGAAAUUCCAGAACAAUUAGGGCUAAAAGUUAAACAUAGUAGUAAGAUGGGGUAAAAAUGAUGUUGAAAAACUCUUCAGGAGACCUAAAGUUGUGUUAUGUUCGAAUCCUAAAUUAUUCUGAAAAUGAUUAUGUCACGGUAUUGAAUUGUUCUCUAAUUAGGGAAGGGGAGGUAGUUUGUAGGCGGCCAGAUAGCUUAGUCAGUAGAGCCGCAGUACGGUAUUCCGAGGGCCCCAGGUUUGAGUCUCGGUCAGGCUUCACAUUAAAAAAUAUAUAUAUAUAUUUUUUAAAUGGAGGUGUUUCAAUCAUUACUCAUGGCUAAAAAGAGUAUUUAGUGAGUAAAGUAUGUAAAGGAUCAAUGUAAAGGGAUCCUUUUUAGGGGAAACCUCAGAUGAUUCUUACAAUGUAGAAUUACCGUCUGAAUGCAAGUGUUGUAUUGCUUUGAAAAUUGUACAUCUUAUCUCUAAUUACUGCUGUACAACGAAAUCCUACCGUCUGUUGAGGCCUUAACAUAGCCUUACAUUUUUACAUGCUGCCAUUAUUAAAAGAAAUAUCACUGACUUAGAUUUUACCUACUUGAUAUGAUAUUUAUUUCUGAUAGAUUUAGUUUAAUAUGUUGUUUUUUUGUACAUGAGCUUUUUAAAUUUGCUUUUUAAAAGUAACUCUGUGUUCUUGUCGUUGUUCUUUUCAUAUUUUAUGUUGUUUUUGUAUUUUGUACAACUAGUUUGUUUUCUCUUCCGAGACAAAUAUUGUUUGUAAUGCACUCUGUUGUAUGCUAGAUAUAAUGUAUUGAUGAUUUUUGGUCAAGUUUUACAAGAUCAUGGUAGUAAUUAAAUGACUGAUAUAUGUACUGUAACAAUGAUUUUGGUAAAGUUUAACCAUCUAAUGGCAUUCAUUGAAAAUUUAGAACAUAUUUGGCAUUCACUUAUAUAUUUGUUAUGUCCAGUAUAAUUCUUUGAUCACAUUUUUACUUACUAUAUAUUUCAGAAAUAUUUUUUUUAGUCUAUUAAAUGAAUAAAAUUAAUAGUAAAUACAUUAAUACAUGGAAUAUUUUACGUCUACUAAAAACAUGUAAUUAGUAAACUCUUUAAAAAUGUAAAACUUUAUCAUUUCACGGCAUUUAUUUUGUUCAAGAAAGACAGCUUUGAAUAGUUUUGCUUGUUAUACCCCCAAAAACGAAGUUUGGGGGGUAUAUAGGAGUCACCCGGUGGUCGGUUGGUCGGUCGGGCGGUCGGUCGGUCGGUCCAGACGUCCGUUGCAUUUUCCUUGUCCGGACCAUAACUUGAAGACUAAUGGUUGGAAUUCAAUAUAACUACAUACAAUGGUCAAGCACAUUGAGAGGAAGUGCAGUGCACAAGAACCAUAACUCUAUCUUGACUAAUUACAGAGUUAUUGCCCUUUGUUACUUUUCCUUGUCCGGGGCAUAACUUGAAAACUACUGGUUGGAAUUCAAAACAACUUCAUACAAUUGUCAAACACAAUAAGGGGAAGUGCAGUGCACAAGAACCAUAACUCUAUCUAAAGUAAUUACAGAGUUAUUGCCCUUUGUUACUUUUCCAUUGCUUUCUUUUGUCCGGACCAUAACUUGAAGACUAAUGGUUGGAAUUCAAUAUAACUACAUACAAUGGUCAAGCACAUUGAGAGGAAGUGCAGUGCACAAGAACCAUAACUCUAUCUUGACUAAUUACAGAGUUACUGCCCUUUGUUACUUUUCCUUGUCUAGGGCAUAACUUGAACACUACUGGUUGGAAUUCAAAACAACUUCAUACAAUUGUCAAACACAAUAAGGGGAAGUGCAGUGCACAAGAACCAUAACUCUAUCUAAAGUAAUUACAGAGUUAUUGCCCUUUGUUACUUUUCCAUUGCUUUCUUUUGUCCGGAGUAUAACUUGAAGACUAAUUGUUGGAAUUCAUUAUAACUUGAUACAAUGGUCAAGCACAUUGAGAGGAAGUGCAGUGCACAAGAACCAUAACUCCAUCUUGACUAAUUACAGAGUUACUGCCCUUUGUUACUUUUCCAUUGCUUUUUUUUGUCUGGAGCAUAACUUGAAGACUAAUGGUUGGAAUUCAAUAUAACUUCAUACAAUGGUCAAGCACAUUGAGAGGAAGUGCAGUGCACAAGAACCAUAACUCCAUCUUGACAAAUUACAGAGUUAUUGCCCUUUGUUACUUUUCCUUGUCCAGAGCAUAACUUGAAAACUACUGUUUGGAAUUCAACUUCAUACAGUUGUCAAGGACAUUAAAAGGAAGUGCAGUGCAUAAGAGCCAUAACUCCAUUUUGACAAAAUACAGAGUUACUGCCCUUUGAUACUUUUCCUUGUCUGGAGCAUAACUUAAAAUGUACUGGUUGAAAUUCAAAACAACUUCAUACAAUGGUCAAGCACAAAAAGAGGAAGUGCAGUGCACAAGAACUAUGACUCCAUCUUCAGUAUUUAUAGAGUUAUUGCCCUUUGUUCCUUUUCUUUGUCUUUCUGGACUUAUUACAGAGUAAUUCAAUAAAACUUCAUCAAUGGCCAACCACAUUGAAAGGAAAUGCAAUAUACAAGAACCACAACCAUCUUUAAUUGCCCACAACCAUAACUUUAUAUUUCAAUUCUUUUACAAGAUAUUCUGUUACUAGUAACAUCCUCAUUUCCGAAGCAGUCUUGUGGGGGUAUUAAUCACAUUUAGUGAUAGUUCUAGUUUAAGUUUUUGUUAACUUUUGUAAAACUGCAGUUAAUUUUGCGUCAUUUUUACAGUUUGUUGUUCCAUGUCACAAUUUGUAUAUUAAUAUAUUACAAUGUGAGAUUUUGAUAUCACAGAACUAAAACUUGAGCGACCAACAACAUAGAGCCAGGUUAGACUGCAAGUAUGUUCAGGCUGGUCUGGCUCUCUCCUGGUGGCAAAGGUUAAUCACUUUUGGUCCCAGCAGGUUAAGGGUAAAAAUAUCUUUGUAAGAAAUAUUAAACAAGUACUAAAUCUGUUUUAACUUUUCUACAUUAGGACCAUGAAGUGAUGUUCAUAAUUUGUUUGGAAAUUUCCAGGAAAAGCAUGCUGUUUUGAUAACUUUAAAGCAUGAUUGUCUACAAUUUACUGAAUAAAGUGUAUUCAUAAAAAAUAAUGGAUGUGGAAAAAUGUAAUUUGUUUGUAUCCAAAACUAAAGAACAUAAAAUAGGUAUCGCACCAAUUGUGUAUGCAAGAAAUAGUUUGAACAAAUCAUGUCAAUGUUUUACUAUAGGAAAGGAAUUUGGCAUUAUUAAUACUGUUUUGCUCAGAAUUUUCCUUUAAAAUAAGGGCAUGUGUAUAUGUAAAUGUGGACAGUUUAUACUGUAUAUAAAAUGAAAGAAAAAAUAAAUAUUGACAUACUUGGUGUUUUAAUGCUGUGUAAAAAAUGUAUUAAAUUUUCUGUUUUGAUAUGAAAUGACAGAAGGAAAUAAAAUAUAGUUGUAAUAAGUUAAUUGAUUUCAUUUGAAUUAUCAAUAUAGGUAUUGCAUUUUUACAUAUGAUGAUUUAUUAUUAUCACACAUGAAUGCAUGCUUGAUUCAAGUGUCAAAUGAAUAUAAUAUCUUUUUUAUAUGUUCAUUAGUAUAUAUUUUGGUUGUAAGGAAUCCAUACAUAUGAGCCGCGUCACGACAAAACCAACAUAAAGGGUUUGCGACCAGCAUGGAUCCAGACCAGCCUGCGCAUCCGCGCAGUCUGAUCAGGAUCCAUGCUGUUCGCUCACCAUCUGUAUUACAAGUAGAGAAACUGAUAGUGAACAGCAUGGAUCCUGAUCAGACUGCGCGGAUGAAGUUUAGCUGAUGGCUAAGACUUGCUAAGAUUCCUUGUAUAAUUUAGAUAAACAUAAUUUUCAUCCAUCUUUGAAAGAAAGAAUUGUACAAAAUUAUUGUGUAAGAAUUCAUUGUUUAAGGAUAACUGUGUAUAAAUUUGAUCCCGUUUUCAGUUGGUAAGAAUUGUUUAGUUUUUAAUCAGUACAAACAGAACUAUUUGUAAAUAUUCAGUAUCAUCAUUAUGUACAUUAUAUGAAAUAAAAACAAAGUACACAAACUUA